CAGCAAAGGUGACAGACUGUGGAAAUGAAGUAAAGAUGUGAAAUGUUUGAAAACAGGAAUGUGAGACUAUCUCCUGGAGAGGAGCGAUUCUAUUACACACCGUAAGGCAUAAACAGAAUUCUGCUACACAUUGUGCGGCAUAAAUAGAACAUCCAUCCUGACCUCCCUUAUUGCAGUGAGUACUUAGAAAAUCAAACUCGGGUGGACUCUCUAAAUUAGAACAACAACAACAACAGAAAACAUAAUGAAGCACCAGUGAUGUAAAAAUUAAGAUUUUACAGCUCUGGCUGUAAUUAGCAAAUUGUCAUACUGCAUUAUCAUUUGGAAGCAGAAGGGAGGAAAUAGAAAAGUGAAUACCAGAGAGGUGAAAACUGAAGUCACUGCCCAGACUGACCUGACUGAAUGUCUGUUUUUCAUUGACAGGUUGAUGACGCCAGGCAGUGAGAUUCGAUUUGUCCAUAAGCACAUGGGCCUGGUGCCAGGCUGGGGAGGAGCCGCAAGGCUGGUGCAAAUCGUUGGCAGUAGAGCUGCCCUCCAGCUGCUGAGCGGGGCUCAUGGGGUGGACCCUGAGAGAGCACUGCACCUCGGGCUGUCAGAGGGGACCUUGUCGUCUUCAGAUGAAACUGGAUCACUGGAAGAAGCUCGAGCCUGGUUGAGUCAGUACACAGAGGGUCCAGCUAGUGUGAUUCGAGCUGUGAAAAAGGUGGUCACAGCUGGAAGAGAACUGCCGCUGGUAGCUGCCUUAAGGACAGAGAAGGAUGUUUUUGGAACUGUGUGGGUGGGCCUGCCAAUUUGGAGGCAUUGGCUAGAAGACAAAAGCAUAAAUGAUUGUCAAUAUAUAAUAAAUAUUCUUGAUAUUUUACACACGAAGCUGUCACCAAAGCAGAUAAUAGACUGAAUCAUUUAGUGCCUGUUUAAAGGAACAAGUUCUUAACAUUCCUGUCAUUCAUGUCUGGCAGACAUAAUUUGGUUUGCAACCACACAGUAAUCCCCAGAAGAUCCCUUACGGUUUUAAUCACCUACUGAAUGGAGAUUAGUGAAAUUCGUAUGUAAAGGUAAAUACUGUGCUUAGAAUAGAAUCUAAUUAUUUUGGAAUGAAGCUGAAGAUUAUUUUCUUUGGAGUAAUUUUGUUUUUUCUAACUGAUAUAGAAAUGAAUUGUGUGAGAGAUGAGAGGUUUCUUUAUUUACAGAACAGGUGUGCCCAAAGCUCUAAAAACUCUGAAACCUUAAAGC